CUUAUUGGGACAGAUCUCUUGGUCUGUAAGAUACCCUCACUCUUUCUACUUUAUAUUUCUCUCCUGCACUGAAACCUGCAGGAUUGUAGAAGUGUUUGAGAUUGAGUGGCUUAGAAAAUUUCAGAAAGAAUGAUGAGUAAACUGACAGAAAUAAGUAAGGAUUAGAAUAUGAAAAGGGGAUAUUAGAGUGGGAGACUAGAGAGGAGGAACCAUGGGGGUAUGAUUUAACUGGAGAAACACUAAAAUUUUGGGCUUGCCUAGGCUCCUUUCUUACUAAGGAUGUCCCUACACUGACCUAGAGAAGAAGGUAUUGAGUAAAGAUUACCCAGAAAAUCAAGGAGCAAUCAAGUAGUGAAUAAAGAGACAGUAAAGUGGUCUUGGCCUGCUGACCCUAAUUUCCUUAAGAUAAGAAUUUUUUCUGCUAUGUGCAAUUGAGCCUGGCCCUGGGCAGAUAUGACUGAGAGUCUUCGCUGCAGACUGGUGCGAUACUUAGAAGAGUUGACUGAUGAGGAGUUCAAGAAAUUCAAGUUAUACCUGGAGGAUUCUUCCCCUAGAGAGGGAUUUCUCAGGGUUCCUAGGGGUCAGAUAAAGAAAGCUGAUAACACUGAUGUGGCUGAACUCAUGGUUCGUCAUUAUGGGGAAUGCGAGGCAUGGGAUGUGGCCCUCAUGAUAUGGGAGAAGAUGGGCCUGAGAGAGCUAUGGGAGCAAGCAAAGAGAGAGGACCCACAAAUAGAUAAACUCCGCUGUAAUAGCAGGAUCCUGAGAGGGAAGAACAGUAAGUCAGAUGGAAGAAAGUCGAUAUUUUGGGGACACGUUGGCAGACUAUGGAAAAGGUGGUCGGGCCUGGACCACAUGAAUCAAUGGGAUGAAGGUAACAGAAGAACAUACAGAAACCGAAUUAUAGAGAAAUUCCAGCUCAUGAGGGAUAGGAACUCUUGUCCUGGGGAAUAUGAAAACUUACACCACCGGUUCACACAGCUGUUGCUUCUACAAGAAUAUCGUUAUAGAGAGCAAAAAGAACAUGAGUUGCUGGCCAGUGGAAGGGAACAUGCUGAGAUCAUGGAAAAUCAAGGACAGCUUAUAGAAGUUGCAGCUUUAUUUGAUCCCUAUGAGAAGACAGGAGUCCAUCCACAGAUUGUUGUACUUCAGGGGGCUGCUGGGAUUGGGAAAACAACACUGGCCAGAAAGGUGAUGUUGGACUGGGCAGAGGGAAAUCUCUACCAGGACAAGUUCCACUAUGUUUUCUAUCUCAGUUGCAGAGAAAUGAACCAUCUGAGAGAGAAAAAAACAAAGUUUGCUGAUUUGAUUACUAAUGAUUGGCCUUCUCUAGAGGAUCCCAUGACAGAAAUCCUGUCUCAGCCAGAAAAACUUCUGUUUGUCAUUGAUGGUUUGGAUGAACUGAAAUUCUCGUGUGAUGAGCACAGUUUUGAUCUGUGUAAACACUGGAAUCAACGGCAGCCAGUGCCCAUCCUCCUGAGCAGUUUAUUGAGGAAAACCAUGCUGCCUGAGUCUUCUCUCUUGAUCACUACGAGACUCACUGCUCUGGGGAAAUGUGAUUUUUUAUUUGAAAACCCACGUCAUGUAGAGAUCCUAGGGUUCUCUGAAGAGGACAGAUGGAAGUAUUUCUGCAAUUUUUUUGGAGAUGAAGAUAAAGCCCAGCAAGCCUUUAGUUUGAUAGUUAAUAAUGAAACUUUGUUCACCAUGUGCUUUGUCCCACUGAUGUGUUGGAUAAUCUGCACUUGUCUGAAACAGCAAAUGAGAAGAAAAAAAGAUCUUAAACAGUCCUCCAAAACCACCACAACUUUGUACAUGUGUUAUCUUUCUAGUUUAGUCACCCCUGGUGGCAGGAGCUGUCCAGUUCAGCACCAUAGGGGCCUCUGUCGCAUGGCUGCUGAGGGAAUUUGGGAGGGUAAAAUCCUAUUUGAUGAAGAUGACCUGAGGAGGCAUGGUUUAGAGGCAUCUGAUGUCUCUGCUUUCCUGGAUAUGCACAUUUUUCAAAGAGAUACUGACUCUGAAAAUUGCUACAGCUUCAUUCACUUGAGUUUCCAAGAAUUUUUUGCUGCCAUGUUCUAUGCCCUUGAGGAAGAGAAGGAAAUUAGUGACAGCCCAACCCCUCCCAUCCCAGGGGUCAAAGACCUUCUAGAAAAGUGCAGAGAUUCUGCCACCAGCUUUGUGGCUCUAACAGUGCAUUUUUUGUUUGGUUUCCUGAAUGCAGACAACAGAAAGAGGCUAGAGGAGAUAUUCAGGUGUAAAAUAUCACAAGAAAUAAAGAUAGACUUAUUGCAAUGGAUACAAGCAGGGAUUGAACAGCAACAUAGAGAUUCAUCUUUGAGGAAUGAUCUACUGGAAAUCUUUUCUCAUUUAUAUGAAACUCAAAAUGAGGAGUUUGUGACAUCUGCAAUAGCUCACUUCUCAGAAAUCAGUUUGAACAUUUAUUCCAAGUUACAUUUUUUGGUUUCUGUUUUCUGCAUCAAAUUCUGUCAUAAUUUGGAGAGUAUUCACCUCAACAUAGCUCGGUUCCAGCUGAAGUCACUUCAAUUCACAGUUUCCCAACUUGCUGUGGCUGACUGGCAGCAUCUAUUUUCAGUGCUUGCCAAGAAUCAAAACCUAAGAGAGCUGGACCUGAGCGGCACUGAACUUGCUAAUUCGGUGAUAAACGUCCUUUGUUCAGAACUGAGUCAAUCUAGCUUUAAACUCCAGAAAUUGAGUUUGUCCAAAUGCCAGCUCACUGCUUCUUGUUGUCAGCUCCUCUCCUCACUCCUUAAGAACCACAGAAGUCUUAUAUAUCUGGACCUAAGUAUGAAUUUCCUUGGGGAUGAAGGAAUGAAAGUAAUAUGUGAAGUCUUAAAAAAUAAGAACUGUAAUAUACAGGAUCUGAGGUUGUCCAGAUGCCACUUUUCCAAUGCUUGCUGUAAGAAUCUUUCCUCUGCUCUCAAGGCCCAUGGAAGAAUGAAAUAUCUAGAUCUGAGUGAAAAUAACCUUCAGGAUAUUGGAAUGAACCUGCUUUGUGAAGCCUUGGGAAAUCCAGACUGUAACCUUCAGGAACUGAAGCUGUCUCAGUGCCAUCUUACUGCUGCCUGUUGUCAGGAUCUCUCUACUUGCAUCAAGAAUCAAAGCCUGAUACAUCUGGAUGCGAGUGGCAAUGUUCUUCAUGAUUGUGGCAUGAAGCUGCUGUGUGAAGCCUUACGACACCCUUCUUGUAAUCUACAGAAAUUGAUGUUAUCCCUGUGUCAUCUCACGGAUUCCUGUUGUCAGGAUGUUUCCUCUGUUCUCAAGAGCAACCAAAGUCUUACUCAUUUGGACCUAGGAUGUAACAACCUGCACAACCAUGGGGUGAAGCUGUUGUGUGAGGCCUUAGAAUAUCAGCACUGUAACUUACAGACUUUAGAGUUGUGGAACUGCCAGCUCUCUGCUGCUUCUUGUUAUGCUCUCUCCUCUGUUCUCAAGAAAAACCAAAGUCUGACCCAUCUGAAUUUGGGUGCUAACCCCCUGCGAAAUAAUGGGGUGAAAGUGCUAUGUGAGGCUCUGGGAAAUCAGAAUUGUAAAUUACAGGAACUGAAGUUGUGUAAGUGUCUUCUCUCCGCAGCAGGAUGUCAGUAUCUCUCCUCUGCACUCAAGAGCAAUCAAAGUCUGAUACACCUGAAACUUACAGGUAAUGGCCUGAGUGAUGAUGGAGUGAAGCUUCUGUUCAAGGCCUUGGGAAACCAGGAUUGUAAACUGCAAAAACUCACGCUGGAUAAGUGGAAAUUAAGUGCAGACACUCAGAGAAUCCAAGAUGAGCUGAGGCAGAGCAAACCUCAUCUGAUCAUUGAGAAUUCAAGUCUGUGUUGAUUGUCUCUUUUGGAACUUGGCAGAUGUAAAGUGUUGGUGGGAGAACAAAAGGUGACACAGAAAUUUUUAUGUUGAAUUGUUAACUGGAAAUUUUUCUUUUAUGAUAAUCUGGAGAUAGUUUGGGUAAUUGAAAGUCCUGUAUGAUGAAUGCAAUGCUCGAGAUAAGUCCUUCACACGGCUCUGCCCCAGAUCUACUUUUGAAAGUGAUUUCAAAAGGCAGAUCUGAAAAAACAUGGAUGACAUCAAACCGUGUGAGCCCUGAGGAUAAGAAAUCCAGCUUCCUUAUCCAGUACAGAAACUAGAUGUAGUCCUGACUCCAGAAAGAAGGCUUGUACUUCCUACUGUUGAUUUUAAUAGAAUUCUUGGUUGAUGUGCUCUCAUUCUGGUGAUCAGUCCCCAUAGAAUUACAACCAGCCUUUGACACUGUCAAUUGCCGUCUUUUCCCUGAAACUCCCUUCUCUCCGAGUUUUUGUGACACUGCUCUCUCUUGGUUCUCCUCUUUGUCUGAGCACACCUUCUUAGUUGGCUUUGUUGGAUCUUCAUUCAUGUCACAUCUGGUUGUCUCGUAAGACCUUGUCUUAGGACCUCUUUUAUUUUCUGUCUCCCUCAGUGAUCUCAUCAUUUCCCAUGAAGUCAAUUAUCAUCUGUUUGCGGAUGAUUCUCAGGCUGUUUUAUCCAGCCUAACCUCUCUCCUAACCUCCAGUUUUGGAUAUCCCAUAGACAUCUUAAACUCAACAAAACUGAACUCAUUCUCUUUUCCCCAAAACCUUUUCUACUUAUUAAUUCCCCUAUUACUAUGGAAGAUACCACCAUCCUUCCAGUCAUCCAGGCUCUAAACAUAAAUUGAUUCCUCGUAUGAAUCUGUUGCCAAAUUCUGUAAAUUUUAUCUUCAUAGCAUCUCUCAUAAAUAUACCUUCUCUCCUACUUUACCCUGGUGUAGGGCCCUUCCCUUCACACCUGAAUUAUUACAAUAGCCUUAUGAUUGGCCUCCCUGCUUCAAAUCUCUCCUCACAACAGUCCAUCCUCCAUUCA